AUGGAGCCGGAAGACCAAACAUCAGACAGGUCCACCGAAACCACUGAAGAUCACGCUGAACCGGACACUGCCAGUUCCACGGUUGGAGAUGCUGGCGACGCUGCUCAAGAUCCCAGGGGACCCGUCAUUCCAAAUGUCAUCAAUAGACACGACAUUGGACUUCUGGAAUUCCACGGUGCUGCCGGAAAAGUCAAGGUUGCUGAUUCUCUGAGAGUGGAAAUAGUCCAGUUGGGUUCCACCUAUUUCCAGAACGACGAGGGGCCGUUUGCACCAACAAACAACCGGUCGAUGAACAAAUCCUGGUUCAAAAGGACACUGGCGAACGGGGAGAAGGUGACUCGGUACUGGCUAGUUUAUUCUCCAGCAAAGCAAUCAGCUUUCUGCAUCUGCUGUUUGCUCUUUUCUCGAUCAAACCCUCAGUCGAGUUUGGAGCAGGAAUGCGGAUUCAAUCAUUGGAAAGCACCUGAGCGCAUGACUGUUCAUGAAAUGUCGAAGAAUCAUCGUGAAUUCUUCACUCAAUGGAAACAAAUGGAACGGACUUUGGCCGAGAACAAAGGAUUGAUCGAUGUGGAGCUGCAGUCAGAGAUUGAUGUGGAGAAACAAAAAUGGCGAGACAUCCUGGAACGACUUAUUCACUGCAUCAAGUUUCUUGCGACGCAAAACCUGGCUCUGCGAGGACACCGAGAAUCCCUCCAGUCGGACGACGCCUCCAACGUCGGGAAUUUUCUUAGACUCCUGAAACUUCUCGCCGCCUUCGACCCUGUCAUGCAAGCGCACCUCAAAAAUGCCAAAAAUCGUCCCGGAUCGGCAGCCACACAGAACGAGUUUAUCCAUUUGAUGGCGUCUACUGUUCGCGAAAAUAUGCUCGAAACGAUCCGUCAAGCGAAAUAUUUUGGUAUCAUGUUUGAUUCGACCCCUGAUCAAGCACACCAAUCUUUUCUAGGAUUCAUCCAGAUCAACCUGAAAGACGCUGAGAGCUUAGUUGGGACCAUUUUGAGCCAGUUGGAGAAAGACGGUAUGGACCUCCAGGAUUGCCGGUCGCAGUGCUACGACAACGCUGCUGUGAUGGCGGGACACAAAAGUGGUGUUCAACAAAGGAUCAUCGAGAAGAAUCACCUGGCAGUUUUCGUGAACUGUGACAAUCACUCACUCAACUUGAUUGGUGUCAACGCUGCCAAACAGGACGUUAUGAUGAGGGUGGAAGCGGUGAAGCCCAUCAACAACCACCUCGACAAGAUACUCCAAGUCCUUCAAGCCAUGAUGGAUGGUGCCACGGAGACCACAGACACACGGAGCGAAGCGAGGCAGCUCUACAACCGGAUGUUGACUCCUGAAUUUUUGACCCUACUUGGAUUUUGGACCAACGUGCUUCUCCCGAUCGACCGAGUCCAGAAAAGGUUGCAAGAUCCGGCGAUGAACUUCCACGAUGCCGCGUUAGACCUGGAAAGCCUACGAGAUCAUUUCUACAACGAGAGGGAAAGACUAGUGAGUAAAGCUCUGGAGGUUGGGCUUAAUCUCUGUCAAGAGUGGGAGGUUGAGACGGAAAGGCGACCAAGACGAAAGAAGACAAUGGCUGGCGAAACAUCUAAAGAUGCUGGAUUGAAAACAACGCAGGAAAUCGAACGAGCUAUGAAGGAGACGAUCGACCGCCUGCACACCGAGAUGGACGACAGAUUCACUCGUUUGCACGACACUGAUGCGAAGUUUGGCUUUCUUCUCGACGUCGAGGGAUUAUGUACCGGUAUCAGCAGAGACAUCUUGAAGACAAAGUGCGAGAACUUCGGCCAGACUUACAACCGUGAUGUUGAUGGUGAGCAGCUGUACGAGGAGAUUUUGGACUUCAGAAUGAUGAUCAGUACGAGGACGAACGUCAAACUAACACGACCUGAAGAUGUUCUGCUGUUCAUCGUGCAAUACGGAGAUGAGAGCGUGUUCCCGAAUCUUCGAAUCGCCAUUCAGAUCUUAUUAACGAUUGCUGUUUCGAUUGCGAGCUGCGAAGGAUCUUUCAGCAAAUUAAAAUUGAUUUUAAACUAUCUUCGAGCCUCCAUGGGACAGGAUCGGUUGAGCGACCUUGCUUUGCUGAGUGUUGAACGGGAAGAGGUCGAGAAGAUUGAUUUUAACUCCAUUAUCGAUGCUUUUGCCGCAGCGAAGGCGAGGAAGAUACACGUUUAG